AUGGUCAAGGCUGGUAAGAAACGUACUGACGCGUACUGGAUAGCUGUUCUUGGAGCAUCUGGUGGCAUUGGCCAGCCGCUGUCCCUGUUGCUGAAGGCCUGCCCUUUGGUCGAUGAGCUUGCUCUCUACGACGUUGUCAACACUCCCGGUGUCGCUGCGGAUCUUUCUCACAUCUCCUCCGUCGCUAAAAUCACCGGUUACCUUCCCAAGGAUGACGGGCUGAAGCACGCCUUGACUGGCACUGAUAUUGUCGUCAUCCCUGCUGGAAUUCCUCGCAAGCCUGGAAUGACCCGGGACGAUCUAUUCAAAGUCAACGCUGGCAUUGUCCGUGAUCUCGUCAAGGGAAUCGCCCAAUACUGCCCCAAGGCUUUCGUGCUCAUUAUCUCCAACCCCGUCAACUCCACUGUUCCUAUCGCCGCUGAGAUCCUGAAGAAUGAGGGUGUCUUUGAUCCUAAGCGUCUCUUCGGUGUCACCACUCUGGAUGUUGUCCGCGCCGAGACCUUUACCCAAGAAUAUUCUGGCCAGAAGGACCCAUCCACGGUCCAGAUUCCCGUCGUCGGAGGACACUCUGGCGAGACAAUUGUCCCCCUCUUCAGCAAGGCUUCCCCCGCUUUGAAUAUCCCUGCCGACAAGUAUGACGCGCUCGUGAACCGUGUGCAGUUCGGAGGCGAUGAGGUUGUCAAGGCUAAAGAUGGUGCUGGCUCCGCCACUCUGUCAAUGGCGUAUGCUGGCUUCAGAUUUGCCGAGAGCGUCAUCAAGGCCGCGAAGGGCCAGUCUGGUAUUGUCGAGCCCACCUUCGUCUACUUACCAGGUAUCACUGGCGGUGAUGAGAUUGCUAAGGAAGCUGGCGCCGACUUUUUCUCGACCCUGGUCGAACUCGGACCCAACGGUGCGGAGAAGGCCAUCAACAUCCUCCAGGGCGUCACAGAGCAAGAGAAGAAGCUCUUGGAAGCUUGCAUCAAGGGUCUGAAAGGCAAUAUCGAAAAGGGCAUCGAUUUCAUUAAGAACCCACCACCAAAGUAA